AUGCCGACGAGAGGUGGUCUGGAAAAGAAAUCGACUCAAGCGGUUGUGAAUGGAUCAGUUCCAGCUCCACGACGUACUAGUCAAUUACCUCGAAAUUCGAUCAUGGGAAAUUUUCGGGAUGAUGAACAAGAUUUCGGCAACAUGCCUGAACUUUCAGAUGAAGCUCUUCGACCUAUUCGUCCUGACGAUCAAUUGAAAUUAACCGAAGCGGAAUUAAAUGAGGAACACACACGAAUUCUAACAACACGUAAUCCUCAAGCAGCAGAAAACAUUGUUCGUUAUAGCUAUAAGGAUCGAAUGUAUAAACCUAUUCCACAUAUUGAUCAAUUGGCGAUUCAUUUUCAACUUGAUGGUAAUCUGAUUCUACGUGAUUCUGAUGAAGGCCGACGACAGAUUGCACGAGAUGGAGGAGAAUACUCAAUCGAUGAUGACGAAGAAGAAGAGGAAGACAUUCAAACAACAAUAGCAGCAACUGAAAUUGAUGAAGACGCAGCUGCCAAGGAAGGUGACGAAGACGAAGAGGAAAAAUCUCAGAAACCGAGUGCAGUUGUAUCGAAAACGAAAAAGUUAACCAAUCAAUUCAAUUUCAGCGAACGCGCUUCUCAAACAUACAACAAUCCAUGUCGAGAUCGUGAAACAUUUGUCGAGCAAACGCCACGUGCUGUCUUUUCGGAUAAUGUAUCCCAAUGGGCAAUUUUCGAUGCUUACAAUGAAGAUUAUGACUUACAACAAAAAGUCAAAGAAAAAGAGCAGAAGAAAAUAUUGGCGAAAAAAGAUGAAGAAAAAAAGAAGAAAUUUGUCGCUGUUGACUUAUCUGGAGAUGACAUGGCAAAAUAUGCUCGCUCAAAAGCAGCAAGUGUGUCGUUAAAAAUCAUCGAGCGAAUGAUCAAUCAAAACACAUUCGAUGAAAUAGCCCAAGAUUUCAAAUACUGGGAAGAUGCAGCUGAUGAAUAUCGUGAGCAAGAAGGUAGUUUACUACCAUUAUGGAAUUUUCAAUACGAGUUAACGAAAAAGUUGUCCUGUACACAUUUGACAUGGAAUUCGCAAUAUUCCGAUAUGUUCGCUGUUGCUUUCGGAUCGUAUGAUUUUCUUAAACAAGCUCACGGAAUUAUUUUAAUCUUUUCAUUGAAAAAUCCCAGUUUUCCGGAGUAUAUUUAUCAAACCGAAAGCGGUGUUAUGUGCUUAGAUUUCCAUCAUACACAUUCGAAUUUACUCUGUUGUGGUUUCUAUGAUGGUUCAGUAGCGGUGUAUAACGUGGCAGAUGACACUAAACGACCAAAAUACCAGAGUUCUGCUCGAAAUGGUAAACAUACAGAUCCAGUCUGGCAAGUUCGAUGGCAGAAAGAUGAUCUCGAUGCAAAUUUUAAUUUCUAUUCCGUCUCAUCAGAUGGACGUGUAGUUUGCUGGACGAUAGUGAAGAGUGAUUUAAUGUAUCAUGAUAUUGUGCAAUUGAAAUUAGAGCAAGCAGUGGAAGAGCCAGAAGAAGCUGUGCCAUUGACUACACUUGGUUGUGGCACAUGUUUUGACUUUAAUAAACAACAGGAUUAUCUGUUUAUUGUUGGAACAGAAGAAGGAAAGAUUCACAAAUGUUCAAAAUCGUACAAUAAUCAAUUUUUGGAUACGUUCGACGCUCAUCAUAUGGCCGUUUAUGCUGUACGCUGGAAUUGUUUCCAUCCGAAGAUCUUCAUUAGUUGUUCGGCAGAUUGGACUGUCAAAAUCUGGGAUAUCAAUUACAAGGUCCCAUUGUUCGUAUACGAUUUGGGCAGUGCUGUUGGUGAUGUUGCAUGGGCACCUUAUUCAUCCACAGUAUUUGCUGCAUGUACUGCUGAUGGGAAAAUCUUUGUUUUUGAUUUAAAUGUCAAUAAGUACGAAGCAUUAACUGAACAAAUUGUUGUUCAAAAGAAACGAACAAAAUUAACGCAUAUCGCAUUCAAUCAGAAACAUCCUGUUCUACUGGCCGGUGAUGAUCGAGGCAAUGUCACAUCAUUAAAACUUUCGCCGAACUUACGCAAAAAGCCUAAAGUGAAGAAGGGUCAAGAUGUCAACGAAGGUCCAGAAGCAGAAAGUGUGAAAUUAGAUAAAAUUCUCGCAUUGAUUCGUGAUCCGGAUGAUACGAAAAGCAAAGCAGUACCACCUCAGCAGCAAAUUGGUACAACACCAUUAUCAGCGACAAGUUAA